AGUCUUGAGGAAUUACACCAAAGAAUUUUAAGGGAUAAUCAGUGGUUUGUGCGAAGUUUUCAAUUGAGUCGCUUGCGACACCACAAUAUAUAAGGAUCACGAACGUGAGCAAAAAUAACUUUCUAAGACCUUGCGCUGAAUAAUGAAAAUUGUUUUCAGUCAAGUCUUUGGGUUGCUUCUCAUGGCUACCGUUGGCUUUGCUUUGACGUGUUUCCAGUGCAAGGGCUUAGAACAGUACUGCCUACAAGAAAAGCUCCGGCGCAACCGAACCCAAGACGCUUGCAAUCAGUACAUGGACAGAUGCAUCAUUAAAACCUUCAUGCUUGAUAUUGGGGUAAUCGAGAUGACCAGAGGCUGUGGAAGGGAAAUUGAGUGUAGAUUAGCAGCACAAGAUUGUAGGAGGAAGAGGAGUGCUCACCAUAGGUGCCAUGUGACCUGCUGCCAAGGAGAUUAUUGUAACGGGAGCAAUCAAAUCAUUUGUAAAUUGCAUGUUAAUGUAAUAUUUCUCAUGUACAGUUUUCUAUCUGUAGUAAUGAAUCUACAGUAAUUCAACGUUUCACUCUUUAACUUCUAUGUGUGACCAAGAAAAAAUUUCUCCUUACAAUAUCAAGCAGACAAGUGAUGAGAAUAAAGAAAAAUAUUUUAACGAAGGUCAGGAGCUCAUAAUGGGCUCCUGUUAGGGUAUCAUUAGUUGAUCCAAUACCAAAUUCUCCAAACUAUUACAAGAACUAUAUGGCAGACAGUAAGGAGAAU